GUCACCCUCGAUAUAGCGUCACCCAAGAAACUCGAACGUUUGUCUGGGUAAGGGAAUCCUUUUGCAGUCGAAGGAAUAAGAAGGGUCAUGGAGUUAAAGGAUAGUGAAAUCCCAACAAACGGAAGCGAAGCACAGUUGGCUUAUGAAAGGGCUUUGAAAGAUGGAUAUGUAAAAGUUUACCGUGGUCGUAUUAUACUGCUUGGUCAAGAUCGCGCUGGUAAAACCAGUUUGAAGAGGAGUCUCCUUGGCCUUCCAUUUGACCCUAAAGAACAGAGUACCGAGGGGAUUGAAAUGGAUCCUUCAAAGUGUGAAAUUCAUGUUGACCAAGCUGUAGGGAACUGGCAGUUCAUUGGUGAGAAUAAACCAUUACUGUUGCAAUGUUCUAAAGAUGUGGCAAAGAUUGUCGCAGAUGAAAUGAUUGCUCAAGAGAGAAUUUUUAUGCCAGAUAAAAGUUUAGAAGAAAAAAAUCUAUUAGAAAGAUUUGGAGAAGAUUCAGAAGAGGAAGAUACAGAAGAAAGCUUAGGAGAAAAGGAUACUGAUAAAAAGGUUGAGGGUAAAGGAGAUUACCCCUCAGUAGAUGCUUUCCAUGAUAGUAGCAAUGAAGACUCAAUGGACUGCCUGUUAAACGAGCCUGAUGUAGUUAUUGAUCUUACUCAACCUCCCGAUACUGUGAAGCAUGUUCAUCAGUGGUUGGAGUAUGUCCAGGGUAAACCCAUCAAGAGUGCUUCAUUCACAGAAGAAUCCUCUAUUACAAUGGAUAUAUGGGACUUUGCAGGGCAGCACCUGUACUAUGCCAGUCAUCCUAUGUUCUUAUCACAGCAAGCACUGUACAUAUUGGUGCACAAUCUCAGGAAACCUUUGGAUGCCCCAGCUGAGCCUUGCAUCAGACAAGGAAGUAAUGAUGUGAAAUUGGAAAACCUUAACAAUGAAACAAACAUGGAGAAUUUGCUCUCCUGGCUGGCUACAGUACACAGUGUUGCCCAAGCAACUGAUGAUACAGAUAAUGAUGCACAACACAAGCUGCCCUAUCUCCGCCCCCCAGUGUUCAUUGUUGGUACACAUGCUGACAAACCAGUUGAAGACAUAACAGUGAUAAAGAAACAAAUAAAAGAGAGAAUUUCUGGUAUGGAAUAUGGAAAGCAUGUGAUCAGACCCUUAUUCUGCAUUGACAACACUAAAUCAAAGUGGCCAAACUUGAUAGAAAAAUUUAUCAAGAAGAUUGGAAAGCAGAGAGGAAAACUUAAAACAAAGCAAGAAGGAAAAGUAGAUGGUAUAAAUGAAUUACAGAACACAAUCCUGGAGGUGUUGAGGCAAGAGCCUUAUAUGGGAGAGAAAAUACCAGUUAGGUGGUUUUUGUUUGAAAAGGUGAUUGAAGCUUUGGUGGCUAAACAGAUUUAUCACAGAAAUCUGAAACAACUCGAGCACUAUGCAAGGAGAGAUUGUUUCAUGGAAGAUGAAAAAGAGUUUGUCUCCAUGAUCAGUUUCUACCAUGGCCUGGGGAUGAUAACCAAGCACCGCAAUACAGUUGUACUGAAGGCUCAGUGGUUGAUUGAUCUGUUCAAGCAGCUGAUAACCAUACCACCUUUCAAUAAACAGAAUCCCCUAUGUGCUAAGUACUGGCAGGAACUUGAAGGAAGUGGCAUCCUCAGCAUGGAAUAUAUUGAUUAUGUGUUCUCCAGCUUUAUUGAACAAGGAAUCAUCAAAGAAGACAUCCUAGACAUGAUGGAGCAAUUUGGUUUGGUCGCUAAGUUCUCAGUUUCCCCAACUGAUGUGAAGUACUUUGUACCAGCUCAGCUGAAGUCAUCACCUGAUAAACUCUGUAAGAUGAAACCAUCGUCAGCAGAUCCCUGUCCAUUGUAUCUUCUCUUUGUCCAUGGCUCUGUUCCUCAUGGUCUCUUCUUACAGCUUGUCUCACGGUCCAUUCGUUGGUGUUCAAAGACAUGGCCCACGUAUCAACCAACCCUGUACCAAAAUGGAGCAUGGUUCAUCAUUGGGAAAGAUAGUCAUCAUUUUCUCCUCAUAUGCAAAACAGGAUUUGUGAAGGUAAUCUUGAGACAAAGAACACAAAGCCAUCAGGUUGUAGGAGAGAACUCCGCCAAACUAGCAACUGUUGUUCGUGAAUUUAUCGAAGAUACCCUAAAGAAUUUGUCACAAGAACUGCCAUACCGAAGGGGUUUGCAGUAUAGGCUGUGUGUUGCAUGUCCUUCCUGUCAUCAAGGGGCAGAAGAACCACGUUUUGCAUGCUCAGACCACGUGAAAACCACUUGCACACACGAGGAGUGUUUCCAUCUCGUUGAUGCAAAUGAGGGCCAAGCGGAAUUAUGUAAAAGACAGUUUGGGGACAUAGUACUUCAUCCCGGUGGGUUGGAGAAGUGGUUCUUAAAAAGAAGACGCCAGGGUUUAUCCUCUUCAAAUGAAGCUGCCAGAUCACAUGGUUCUCUUGACCGAAUCAUCCAGAAACUUCAGCAGAUGCAAAUCGAUGCAAGUAAAGUCAAGAGGAGAAGAGAUCUAUCACUGGGGUUGCCGAAGAUUGCAUCAGACAAGGGCUUCAGAAUUGUUGACAAUGAAGGAUCAGGAAAUUGUAUGUUCUAUGCCUUGUCGGAACAACUGGAAAUUGUUAAAGGAAUCAAAAUCCCACAUGGCAGAUUAAGACAAACCUUAGUCUAUUACAUCAGGGCAAACCCAACACUAGUAAGUUGGUGUUAGUAUGUCUAACAGAGUGUGUCACAUGAUGUUCGUUUUCAAGAGUUUUAAAAUGGUUAAGUGUUUACUGGUCAACUGGCCAACACCACUAGAGCCUAUGCUGGUGUUCACGACGUGAAGAGACUAGGAGUACCCCUACUACUCCUGCAUGGAGUGACGGUCUUUUAGUAGUCCGAUAGCAGCUUGUAUCCCUGGUGGAAAGAGGAACUGAAAGGUUCACCUUUAUUAUUUAACAAGUCACACAA